GUCAUAAUCAUGUUAAUUCACCAUAGCUCUCCACGUACUAUAGGGGGAAAAAGGGUUUCUUAGCUGUACUGAAAAUUUUCUUUGAUUGGAUUCCUCGUGACCUCCGUAAUCAUUUCUUCAUUUGUUUUGCACAGUUGAAUCCGAGCUUGAAAUUAUUUGAAGGGUGGUGAGGUGGGCCGGGGCAUGGCUGAGAUUUGUUAUGGAGUAGUAGGGGAGAGUAAAUCAUCAACUUCGUGUGAACCAAGCAGCCGAGCCGCUCGGCGGCGGAGGAUGGAGCUUCGAAGUGUUAAGGUUGUGCCUCAUGUGCAACCGCCGGAGGCGGCGGAGGAUGGAGUUAAACGUCCUCGUUCUGUGGAGCUUUCUAGAGUAACAUUUUCCCGGGAUUGCAACAACGCUGUGGAAAAUUGUCGGUUGGUGAGGGAAGAGGAAGUGAUUUUGCAGCCGGAAAACGGGAGCACAAAGAAGAAUCUUUUGACGCCGAUUUUGAGUCCGUCGGUGGCGUCUUCUUCCGAUGUGUGGCCGAAAUUUGGGGUGGCUUCUGUGUGUGGGCGGAGGAGAGAUAUGGAAGAUGCGGUUGCAAUUCAGCCUUCAUUUUACCAAAGUGAAAAUGAAAAUUCUGUAGAUUUUCAUUACUUUGCUGUUUAUGACGGCCACGGAUGCUCUCACGUGGCGACGAAAUGUAGAGAGAGAUUGCACGAACUAAUCAGGGAAGAGCUGUUGCUCGAAGUCAAGGGAGGUAGUACAACGUGGAAGAAUGUAAUGGAGCGAAGCUUCAUUCGGAUGGACAAGGAAGUAAUUGCAUGGAAUGAAAACGUAGUUAACGUAAGCGCCAAUUGCCGGUGCGAACUUCAAACGCCGGAAUGCGACGCCGUCGGAUCAACCGCCGUCGUGGGAAUAGUCUCGCCGGACAAGAUCGUCAUUGCGAAUUGCGGCGAUUCAAGAGCCGUGCUUUGCCGCAAUGGCAAAGCCGUCCCUCUAUCUAGCGACCACAAACCAGACCGUCCAGAUGAACUUGAUCGGAUUCAAGCGGCCGGUGGCCGUAUAAUAUACUGGGACGGGCCUCGUGUGCUUGGAGUUCUGGCCAUGUCAAGAGCCAUAGGUGAUAAUUAUCUGAAGCCAUACGUUAGCUGUGAGCCGGAAGUAACAAUUACAGACCGGAGCGCAGACGACGACUGCUUGAUAUUGGCAAGCGAUGGGUUAUGGGACGUGGUGUCAAAUGACACUGCGUGUGGGGUUGCACGGAUGUGCUUAAAAGGGAGGGCUGUGACCAGCAGAGUGACGCCGUUGGAAAAUAGUGAGGGAGGUGCUGGGGAGAAUUCCGACAAGGCUUGUUCAGAUGCAUCUAUGCUCCUCACCAAACUGGCUUUGGCUAGGAGGAGUUCGGACAAUGUCAGUGUGGUGGUGAUUGAUCUUAGGAAAAUGUCUUGAAAAGGUUAUCGUCUUCAUUGGAUUCUCUUUCGUCGGCUCUGUUAGUUUUUUUCUUCAUUUAUAUCAAGAAAAAUGUAAUUUCUUGUUUUAAAGAAGACAAAAAUAUCAAUCGAGAAGGAUUUUAUAUUUUUAUAUA